CUUCCUUCCAUAGCUAUUCGCUGCUGUUGGGUUCUCUCCCAAUCUAGGGUUUCCACCCUCUCUCCGACCAAAAAUGGCUGAAGAGGCACAGUACGCAUCGGAAGCGGGGUCGAACAAGAGGAAGUACGAGGAGCCAACCUCCCCUUCUCCGGUGUCGCGCAGGCCCACCGGAUUCUCUGCCCCAAUCUCUUCACUGUCUCCUCCCGACGGUUCCGCCGCCGCCGUGGGCGCUCCUCCUCCUCCUUCCUACAACAAUGUUCCGCCUCCGAUGGACGACUUCCAGCUGGCGAAGCAGAGGGCUCAGGAGAUCGCUGCUCGGCUAAUCAACAGCUCGGAUCCAAAGAAGCCCAGGGUUGACAACGGUGGUGGCGCUCCUGCAUUUGAAUCAAGAGAACCCCAGAAGCAAAUGGGAUCUACUUUUCUUCCUCCAGCAAGUAAUUCAUAUGGUUACCCUGGUCCAAGCAAGAAAAUAGAGAUUCCAAAUGGCAGAGUAGGUGUAAUCAUAGGCAAGGGUGGGGAAACCAUUAGGUAUCUUCAACUCCAAUCUGGAGCAAAGAUACAAGUUACCAGAGACAUGGAUGCUGACCCGAAUUCUCAAACUAGAGGGGUUGAACUUAUGGGCACUCCAGAGCAGAUAGCCAAGGCUGAGCAGCUUAUUCAAGAUGUUCUUUCUGAGGCUGAUUCAGGUGGGUCUGGUAUAGUUUCACGAAGGUUAACUGGACAACAGAGUGGAGCUGAACAAUUUGUAAUGAAAGUCCCAAACAACAAGGUUGGCCUUGUUAUUGGCAAAGGUGGAGAAACCAUUAAGAACAUGCAAGCAAGUACAGGAGCCCGUAUUCAGGUGAUACCUUUGCAUUUGCCACCUGGUGACACUUCAACUGAGAGGACAGUACAGAUUGAUGGAACUAGUGAUCAAAUUGAGCAUGCAAAACAACUUGUCAAUGAAGUUAUUAGUGAGAAUCGUGUUAGAAAUCCAGCAAUGACUGGAGCAUAUCCUCAGCAAGGAUAUCAGGCACGACCACCAACUAGCUGGGCCCCUCCUGGUGGGCAAAUGCAGCAACCUGGUUAUGGAUAUAUGCAACCUGGAACAUACCCUGGUCCAUCACCCCAAUAUAGCAUGCCUCAACCACCAUACCCUGGUUAUCCCCCUCAACCAACAUCUGCUGGAUAUGGCACUGGCUGGGAUCAAUCAAAUCCAAAUCAACAGACAGCUCCUGGAGCUGGUUAUGAUUACUACAGCCAGGUGCCACCACAGCAGCAGCAACCAACUCCUGGAGGUCCUGGUGCUGCUCCUACUGAUAGUAGUAGUGCCUAUGGCUACAAUCAACAACCAUCCUCUGCUUACAGUCAAGGACAAAGUUAUUCCCAAGAUGGCUAUAAUGGAUAUCAUGCACCUGCUCCUCAAUCUGGCUAUCCAAAUCCUGUUCCUGGAUAUGAUCAGCAACAAGGUUAUAAUUCUACAACUGGGUACAGUAAUACCUCCAACCCAGCAGCUGAUGGCCAGACGCCUUCAUAUGGGACACAGAGUGAUACAAGUCAAGCACCUCCAAAUCAGUCAGCGGGCAGCCAACCUGGGUACCAUGCUUCCCAGCCUGGGGGGUAUGGCAUCCCAACUUCUCAAGGUGGAUACGGGACACAGCCAUCUGCCUAUGGCAACAACUAUGGACAACCCCCAUCUCAAAAGCCUCCAACUAGUCAACCAGCUUAUGGGCAGCCACAACAGUCGCCUAGUGCCCAGGGAGGUUAUGCACAGCCCACUCAGGUAUAUCCACACUCUCAGCCUUCGCCUACUCUAUCUGGUUAUUCUCAGCCUGAUUCUGGUUCCCAGCGUGCUCCCUCUACUGGAUAUGGUGCCCCGGCAAGUCAACCGGGUUAUGGCCCCCCACCCUAUGGGGCACCACAGAUGACUCAAUCAGGAGUGCCAUACAAUAGUGGGUAUGGUGGUAGUGGUUAUUCCCAGGCUUCAGCAUACUCCACUGAUGGAAGUGGUGGUGGUGGUGCACGGGCGAGCUAUGAUACAGCACCGACUUCUCAGUCUUCCCAGCCCACUGGGUCAGCUAAAACCUCUCCACAGAGUUGAGAUUUCUUUUAUUUAAAAAAUAGUGGUUAUGAAUUUUGCAUGUAUUUUGUUUUUGCUGAGCUUGUUUAGUUUCCGGAUCUUUGAUUGAAUGCAGAAUUAAUUUGCUGGGGCAUCUGUUUUGUUAUCUUAACUGUAAUUGCAGUAUGAAUGUAUGUUCCAAAAUUCAUGGUUCU